AUGAAAAGUUCCAUUAUCAUAUCACCUUUAUUAUUGGCAUCAUUGGUAGCUGCUGUUGACUUUUUCAAAGUAAAAACCACAUAUGAGGAUGUUGAUUAUCAUCUCCAAUACAAUGCUGAAUCUAAUUUACUUCAGUUGACUACCAAUGAAGGAACUGAAUUUGACUUGAAUGAAUUUUUCAAUUUGAUUCUUGCCGAUGAUCCUACUAAAGUGGUUUCAAAUGAUGACAAUGGUACUUUGUUUCUUCUUGAUCACGAUGGCGAGGCAACAUACCCAGUAUGGGGACAUGAAGAGGGCUGUUGUAUUUCUUAUGCAGAACCAUUAUUUGCCUGUGCAUUUGAUGAAAGUGCUAGUACCUUUGGACUUACAACUAAUAUUGAAGGUCUUCCAGGUGUUGAUUACCAUUUUUGUUUCCCUGUCUUAGAAUUGGCUAUUUUCAAUGAUGAACCGGCACAAGAAAUCUCCACAGAAGAAGUACAAACUUCAGAAUCCAUUAUUUAUGAAGAUGAGGAAACUCCUUACCCAAUAAUUGAAGAAGAAGAAGAAUCAAGUUUUGAACAAAUUACCAACACAUUCACAGAAGAAGUUGUCAUCACUGAGACCAUAUGUGAUAGUUCAAGUAGCUGUCCAGAAUUUGUCACUACUAUCACUUAUUGUGAAAGUGACACCAUUUGUGAACCAAGUACUACUAUCCGUAGCACAACAAUCAGUUCUUAUUGUCCAUCGUCGACAACACCUGAAGUUGUUGUUACUACCGCUGCUGAUGAUACUAUUGCUGCAUACACAGGUGCAGUUACCGUUGUUGUUACUGUUUGUGAUGAAAGCACCACUUGUACAACAUAUAAUUCUGUUGUCAAAGGUACAGAUACUCCAACUUUCAGAACCGCCAGAGUCUCUCCAAAAGAAGAAGAUACUACAUCUACAAUCACACAGAACGUAUAUAUAACUCAAACUCCAGCACCACAAGAAUUAUCUAAUAAUGCUAAUGGCAUGAAAUCUCAAUACACCAGUAUCAUUGUUGGCGUAUUUAUUGUUUUCUUAUCAUUAUUCGCUUAA